UGUAAUCGUAAUUUGAUAAAAUCCAUUCACUGAAUCGUGAUCUCGGGUUAUCACGUUACUCGCCGAGAACGUGCGAAGUAUGGAACAAGAUGGCGGUCGACUUGGGGAGUGUGCGGGUAGAAGAGCGUUUAAAGAUUAAAAUCGGUGAAGCAAAAAAUCUGCCUCCUAGGAGUCAUGGCUCAAUUGGUUUAAGAGAUACUUUUUGCACCAUUAGUCUUGAUCAAGAAGAAAUAUUUCGUACAAGCACAAUAGAAAAAACACUUAGCCCAUUUUUUGGAGAGGAAUUUCAGUUUGAAGUGCCACGCAAAUUUCGGAAUCUUUCACUGUAUGUCUAUGAUCGUGAAAGGGCAGUAAACAAAGAUAAAGUUUUGGGAAAAGUAGCUAUUAAAAGAGAAGAAUUACAUAAAUAUCAUGGAAAAGAUCAUUGGUUUCCAAUCUUACCUGUUGAUGCAAAUUCUGAAGUUCAGGGUAAAGCUCAUAUAGAAAUAAAAUCAGAUUUUUUUCCAAAAUCUUCUGGAAGUGGAACUUACAUGCAACGUCUUACUGUUAGAGUGAUUGAAUGUAAUGAUCUUACAAUUAUCAAUGGAGCUUGUGAUCCUUAUGCUGUAGUUACUCUUUGUUAUGGAAAUCAUCAAGAAACAAAGAAGACAAAAGUAAGAAAAAAAACUAUAUGUCCUCAGUUUGAAGAGAUAUUUGUAUUUGAGUUACCAAUUAAAGGACAGAAUCAUGACAGGAAUAGAUUCCAUGAUGAUGAUGCAAACAAUGCUGAAAUAAGGAUUGCAUUAAUGCAUGAUUCAAAUGGAGUUUUCGGGAGUGUAUUUCUUGGUGAAGUAAAAAUACAAUUGUUAGACUUAAAUUGUGUUUCUGAUCGUAAUGCAUGGUAUUUCCUGCAACCAAGAGAUGAUUCAAAACCUCAUAAAGUUGAUCUUGGUUCAUUACGAUUAAAGCUUUAUUAUACAUCAGACCAUGUAUUUUCUAGUCAGUUUUACGAUCCUUUAAGAAAUUUAUUAUUGAAAUCUCCAAAUGUUGAGCCAAUUACUUCUAGUGCUGCUUAUAUUUUGGGUGAAAUUGUCACAAAUAAAGUGGAAGCUGCACAACCACUUGUUAAAGUAUUUUUACAUCACAGAAAAAUAGUUUCAUUCCUUAAAGCUCUUGCAGAAUGGGAAAUAUCCAAAGUCACAGAUCAAAAUACAAUAUUUAGAGGGAAUACUUUAAUGUCAAAGUGUAUGGAUGAAUUCAUGAAAUUAGCUGGAAUGCAUUACUUACAUGAAACAUUAAGAAGUUCAAUUGAUACAAUUUUUGCUGAACAUAAGCCAUGUGAGAUUGAUCCAUCUAAAUUAAAGGAAGGCGAAUCUCUUGAAACCAAUAUGUUAAAUCUAAAAGAAUAUGUUGAAAAAACUUUUUGUGCUAUUACAAGUUCUGCAUUGGUUUGUCCUCCUAUAAUGUGUGAAGUUUUUUCUGUUUUGAAAGAUUCAGCCACACGAUAUUUUUCAAGUAGUAGGGAAGUUAGAUAUUCUGUCAUCUCAGGGUUUGUUUUCUUGCGGUUUUUUGCACCUGCAAUUUUAGGACCAAAAUUAUUUGACUUAGUGACAGAACCAGUUGAUGCUCAAACAAAUAGGACAUUAACAUUAAUCUCUAAAACAAUUCAAAGCCUAGGUAAUCUUGUUAGUUCAAAAUCACCUCAACAAAUAUUUAAAGAAGAUUACAUGGUUAAUUUAUACAGAGAUUUUAUUACUGACCAUCAUAUAGAAGCAGUUCGAGUGUUUUUAGAAUUAAUAUCAUCAUCAUCAAGGGGUUGCUAUCCUCGCCCAUAUGAUACCCCAAUUAUAUUGAAAGAAGGCAUUAUGAUUAAACGUGCACAAGGAAGAAAAAAAUUUGGAAUCAAGAAUUUCAAAAAACGCUACUUUUGUAUAACUACUCAGGAAUUAUUUUAUUCAAAAGUAAAAGGUGAUACACCAUUGUAUAGAAUUAGAAUAGAUGAAAUUUUAGGAGUUGAAAGAUUACAAGAAGAAUCUUUUAAAAUGAAAAAUAUGUUCCAAGUUAUUCAGCCAAAUAGAAGAGUGUUGUAUAUACAAGCUAAUAAUUGUGUUGAAGAAAAAGAAUGGAUAGAUAUCUUGACUAAAAUUUGCCAAAGUAAUUUAAAUAGGCUGACAGAAUAUCAUCCAGCUGCUUUUAUAAAUGGACAUUGGUUAUGCUGUAAAGCAAAUAGUGAAACUGCAGCUGGAUGUUGUCCUGUUACAGCUAGUGUUCCGGCAGAUAUUUGUGUCCAGAUUGAUUCAGACAGAGAAGUAGAACGUAUACAUACCAUUUUUUUCAACCAUAGGGAUGCACUGGAAAAAUUAUUAGAAGCCUGUAAAAAUCAAGCAGUGUAUACGGGAGAACAGUGUUCUCUUUGCCCAGCAGGCUUUGUGAUAGAAGACACUCAAACAUUAUGGGAAACAUUAAAUGAAAUUCAAACAUGCGUUAUUAGAUUGGAGCAGGAUCACAAACAAUAUUUCAGGAAUUUUUGUCGCCAAACAAAAUACGGAUCUGAGCAAGCUCCAAUAGGAGAUGAUAAUUAUCUACUCAUGAUUGCCCAGCACUGUAAACAAUGAAUUUUAUAAAAUGUAUAAUGCAAAUUUUGAUCUCAGCCAAUAUAUCUGAAAUGUUUGUGAAUAAUGUGUAUGACAAUUCUUAGUUAUUGUUGAUUAGAAAUAUUGCAUUGCUAAUAUAUUGAUUUUAAAUGUAUGAUACAUUAAUGUCACGAGAUUAUAAAUACUUUAAACUUUUCUUUAUUUCUGGACCAGUCAUUUUCGUACAUUCCAGAUUUUCAUAAUUUCUUGUCAAAAUUGGGGAUUGUUUCAAUAAUAAUUUCAUUUUAUUUUUUUGUAUUUUGUCCAUUAUUUUAUUUGUAAUUUCUAUUGAAAAUAAUUUUCUAGUUAGGAUGUGCCAUAUUUUGUGUGAUGUUCUGUAUAAGUUAUAAUUAAUGAACAAAUGUUAAAUAAUUUGUUGUUGUAACAGUUUCUUUGGAUAUUAGAAAGAAUUUUUCUUAAGUUUUUUGUAUAAAAUACUUUGAUUAAUUGGUCACAAGUGUGAUAUAAGAAAUCUCAUUGCAAAUAUAUCCAAUUUAAUGUUUGUUAUGAAUAAAUUAAUUUAAAAUUUAUUCUAAAAAUGUUAAUAUUAUUAAAACAGUUAAGUGUUAACUUUUAAAUUAAUUAUUACUUGAAAGUUUUAAAUAAAAAAAAUGCUGUAGUAGUUUAUAUUUGGAAAAUGACAAUAUGCAGCUUUUUAAAUGCCAGUAUGGCACAUCACUUAAACAUCGAUGAAACUUCUUUAAGAAGUAUGUAUGUCAUUUUUAAAAUAUGCUGUAUAUACACACAAAAAAAUACUUGUGCAUAAAUGUGUGUAUGUAUAAUAUAUAUAUUACAUAUUUUAUUAAUAAAGAAAAAAUUUUGUUAUUUUACUACUAAAACAUUGUUAUACCUAUGAUAAAAUUUGUUUGUCCAGAAGUACAUUGAUUAUGUAUAAAAUUACAUGUUAUGUGAAAGUAAAUUUUUAUUAUAUCAUACAUAGUGUGUUUAAUAGUUACAAUCACUAAAUUCACUUGUGCAUCUUAGAUUAAGUUUACGAGCUUCAGUAUCUCUAAAAUGUGUUUUAUUAUGACAAACCAUUACCUAUUAUGGUAGUGGGAUGAAUUGUGGUUGUGAAAAUUUAUGUUGUGUGUUAACUGUAGAAUAUAUAUAUAUAUAAUGUUAAAUACCAGAUCAACUGGUUUGCUUUUCGUUCUCUGUUAAAUGUAAUUGUUUGUCUUGUACUUUAUUGAAAAUCAUCUUUUCAACAAAAUUGUGAUUGAUUGCAAUAAUUUGCUUUGUACAGAGAUUAUUGUGAAUAUUAAAGAAAUAUACUUCAUAUUUAUAAUUUACAUCUUAAUUUUGAAAUAUUAUUUAACAAAAGAUUAGUCUACUAUAUGUAUUUGUGUCUCUUUAUGUUUAUCUAUUAAUUCAGCUACCUAAAAAGAUAUUGUUUUUCCACUUCUGUUUGAAUUAUUAUCUUAUUUGUUAUUAAACAUUGUUCAUUAUCUAGAAUAUUUUGACUUGUACUUUGUUUUUGUGGUUUUCUUUCUUUUUCUAAUUAGACUAUAAAUUUUAAAUUGACAUAAAUGUAAAAAUUAAUGUUUGGUCAGUAUGGAAAAUUGAACAUUCCACAAUUUUGUUUGAUAAUUAUAUGAAUAUUUUGAAAUGUUAUUUUUAAUUUAAAGUUUCAUAAAUUUAGAUUAUGAUUUAACUACAGAAUAAAUUUAUUUUGAAUUUUGAAACUUCAAGUUAUUAUUUUCACAUAUAUUUAAACCUAUCUGAUUU